AUGCCACGUCUCAUUAAAGACUUCUUCUCACACUGUGAGGCAGUCCUCCUCAAACACACCUCCUCUCCAGCCCUCCUCUGUCCUGUGGAGUUCCCAGAGUGUCCUGAGGGGGUUGGCAUUUGUGUUCACCCCAAAUCUGCACUGCUUCACACUGUCACCCGAACCUUUCACCCCAAACCUGCACUGCCUAACACCGUCACUCCGACCUUUCACCCCAAACCUGCACUGCCUCACACUGUCACCCCGACCUUUCACCCAAGACCUGCACUACCUCACACUGUCACUCCAACCUUUCACCCCAAACCUGCACUGCCUCACAUCGUCACUCCGAUCUUUCACCCCAAACCUGCACUGCCUAGCACCGUCACUCGAACCUUUCACCCCAAACCUGCACUGCCUCACACCGUCACUCCGACCUUUCACCCCAAACCUGCACUGCCUCACACCGUCACUCCGACCUUUCACCCAAGACCUGCACUGCCUCACACUGUCACUCCAACCUUUCACCCCAAACCUGCAUUGCCUCACAUCGUCACUCCGACCUCUCACCCCAAACUUGCACUGCCUCACACUGUCACCCUGACCUUUCACCCCAAACUUGCAAUGCCUCACACUGUUACCCUGAACUUUCACCCCAAACCUGCACUGCCUGACACCGUCACCCUGACCUUUCACCCCAAACCUGCACUGCCUCACACUGUCACUCCGACCUUUAACCCAAGACCUGCACUGCCUCACACUGUCACCCCGACCUUUCACCCCAAACCUGCACUGCCUCACACCGUCACCCUGACCUUUCACCCCAAACUUGCACUGCCUCACACCGUCACCCUGACCUUUCACCCCAAACCUGCACUGCCUCACACCAUCACCCCGACCUUUCACCCCAGACUUGCACUGCCUCACACUGUCACCCUGACCUUUCAUCCCAGACCUGCACUGCCUCACACCGUCACAUCGACCUCUCACCCCAAACCUGCACUGCCUCACACCAUCACCCUGACCUUUCACCCCAGACCUGCACUGCCUCACACUGUCACCUUGACCUUUCACCCCAGACCUGCACUGCCUCACACUGUCACUCCGACCUUUCACGCAUCACAAGUAAUAACCUCUAGUUCAGUCAAUGACUGCUAG